GGGGGCUGCUCACCUGGGGGCAGGAAGAGCGUGGCGCGCACACGGCCCUCGCGCACGGGCACGCGCCGCACCCCGGGAGCCAUGAAGUGACGCUCGUGCACCGCCCGCGCCAGCAGCCGCCCGCCGUCGGGCUCGUGGCCGUCCAGCACCUCCAGCUCCACCACGAAGGGCGUCCGCACGUCGCGCUUGAGCAGGCGCCACAAAGGCCGUUCGGGCUCCAUGGCCCAGAGCAGCCCCAUGGGCUCGAGCCCCGCGAAGCUGCCGCCCAGCGCGGGCGCGCGCGCCAGGUCCAGCUGGCCGUGGGCGUCGGCGCGGUAGCGCGCGUGGGCGCGGAAGAGCGCGCCUCUCUCGUCGCGCAGGGCCGCGCGCAGCGUGACGGGCUGCUCGGGGGCCAGGCCGCGCACGGCGAUGCUCAACGGCUCGUCCCAGCAGCUGCGGCCCGCGGGCUCCAGGCUCAGCGUCGCAUUUGUCCGCGCAGGGGCCCAAGUAGGCCAGCCACCCGGACCGAACGGCUGAGGCCCCGACAGCCGCGCCCGGCACUUCCAGCCCCAUUGGCACAACCUGCUUGUUCGCAGGACCGCGAGAGACGAGGCCACCAUUUUGCUUCUCCAGCCCUGAGGUCUCCGGGAAGGGUUAGAGAUCCUCUAGCGGCCGGCUGCCUGCCUGCAGUCUAAGUGGGCUCAGCUGGGGGCUUGCAGAGUCUGGAGAGCUCAGAGCCUGCAAAGCAACAAAAGCAAAAGUAAGAACAGACUUUGACUCAGGCGCCUGUGCGUAAGACUCCGUUAUAUCCGGAACCCCCUUCCUAGUACUGUUUUUCAGGUCCUCUUUGCCCCUGGAAGAGUGGGCUGGCCUAAGGCUCGCUCUUAAAAGCCCUCUCACCCAACGGGACCUCCAGUCGCCAGAUUCCUAAGGUUGCAGACUCAAGAAUGCAAGAUUGCAAUUGAGUUUCAUCACGUUGUGGGGGAAUGGACACUUGUUACUAAUCUUGGUACUGCUCUUUCAAAAAUGUGCACCGUGAUGUUUUGUUCUGUGCUGUCUGCACGUGCUUAGCCUACAUGCCCUGCUUGUGAACCAGCAGUGCGGACAGGCGGACUGGAAAAGAAACAUGACCAGGCCCCGACAGAAAAAGGCUCCCUCCACUCGGUGCCCUGAGUCACAACUCCCUCGGCUGAGAUGGGGCAUGAUCUUCCUCUACGCAACAUCCCCGGACCAGGUGGGGUGUACCUCCGUCUGCAGAGUGCCACCUCUCCUCCGUUUCAGCCCACGGUCCGGUGAGCGUCUCAAGCACCAGUAUUUGAAAAAGGCGGCUGCCAACCUCUCCUUCUCUCAGGACGUGAGCUGGCAGCGGGGCCUGCCCAGCAUGCCUUUCUAUCAGUACAGUUUUAAGCACAUCUACGACACGGAUGACCUGGUCCCGCCUCUGCAAGCCAGGACGAUCCACACGGAGAAACCCGGCUACGCCAGGGCUCUGCAUACCUCAGCCCUCUCGGCAAAAGACACCACCCGUCGGGCGGAGACCCAAAGCCCCGCGGCGGCGGCGCGGGCUAAAACGAAGCUGAAAAAGAGAAAGCCCGGAGGCGUGGGCCAGAACCCACCUCCCCCACGCCCACGCCGUUCCCGCUUGAAGCCAGACAUACUGGACCUGUCCCCCUCCCCAGAUGAGAGUCUGGAGGAAAGGGAAACCUGGCUCCCACCUGGUGAGAAGGAGGCCCGAGGCUGGGAAGCCAUCGUGCUGGAGAAGCUGGACAAGCGGACGGCGCGCUGGAUCCAGAGCAAGCGCCCCCUGAGGCCCGGGCAGUCGCCCAAUAAAUGGCAGAGCUUCCUGCGCCAGCAGUACGACUGGAGCCACAUUCGGGAUGAGCUCACUUCCGAGAGCGACCUGGAUCUCCUCAGAAAGCUGGAGGCAGAAGAAAGAGCGGAAUUUGAGGGUGAAAAUGUCGCCCCGCCCCACCAAGAAAUAAAGAAGCCCGAGCUGCUGCUUCCCGCUUUCUACAGGUUGCCUGGACACUCCCCGGAAGUACAGACAGUUGAAAUCCUGCCUGGCAACAACAUGACGGCGGAGGAGAUCCAAGAAGAGAGAAGCAACUUCCGGUCUCCAACUCCGAACCCCUUCCGGCAGGUGAACCCCAAAGCCGGAGAGUUCGCUUACUCUACAGACAACACCUUCGAGCAGGAGAUUUACUUUGACGGAGUGAAGAUUGUUCACCAGAUUGGUGGGAAGAAAGACCAAAUCGUCCUGGAAAACCUCAAUCGGUACGACAAGCACCUCUCUAAGAUCUUCCCUGAAACCCCAGAAAAGUGGAGUUUACAGCCUGUUCCUGAAGCACCUUGUAAGCUCAAGAAAGGAGCCCAGCGUUGGAUUGCUUUGCCCACCCCGGUCAAGAGCCUUCUGCUGCAGGUGGGUGAGAAGGACGAGUCUGCCAAGACGAGGAGAGUGAAGAAGCCAGUCCAACCCCUGAAGGAGGAUGUGACUUGGGAGUUGACAGUGCUGCGGAAGAUGCUGCAGGAGUGGAAGUCUGCCUGGGCACUCAUUAUUGAAUGGCAUCAUGAGACAGUGGAAAACCUAUUGCGGGGCAUAGUCAACAUGUAUGAUGACAUAAGGAUCCAGGCCAUCGUCACAUGUGCUACUGCGGCUUUGGAAAGGCCUCGAAUUGCCACCAACAAGGAGGACUCAGGACCAAUUAUUCCGGACUUGCCAGAGGUCCUCCUGCCUGCUCUAGAGGCUGUUCUGUCUGACAAGAAUCCCAAUGUGAGGAUGGCAGCAGCAGUAUGUCAGUAUGCCAUACAGUCCCACAACCCCGCUGCCCGGGACAUCAUGCAGACCGCCCUUGUGAAGGGUAACAGUGUGGACAGCUGGGCUGCAGCUCAGUGCUUGGCUAUGGAAGGCAUUGCCACCUACCCAGUGAUCAAGAGGAUCCUCUACCAGCUCUUUAACAAGAAGAAUGAGGCCACUGAGGAACAGGCCUGUAACCUCCUGAGCCAUCUCAGUGGAAAGACGACCCUGAUCCACACAAUGCUGGCUGUGGAGCUGAACAGCAGGCAAUGGAAGGACCGCAUUGUGGCCUGCCGUGCUUUCUCUCGGAUCAGUGGAAACAUCUGCAUUGAUAUGAAACACAAAUUGAUCCAUCUGAUGUGGAAUGACUGGAACAAGGAAGUGAGGCAAGCAGCUGCCAAAGCUCUGGGGCAGAUGAACCUUGGCAAAGAGGUACAUGACAUGAUCAGGAUUAAGCUGAGUCAAGGAAAUUUCCAGGAUCGGAUUGAGGCCCUCUCCCUGAUCCGUGUGCUCAAGGUCAUGACAGCCAAGCUUCUCCCAAGCUUCCUGAACUGUUUCUCUAAUGAGUUCAUAGCAAUUCGACAGGCAGCUUGUUUGGCGGCAGGUGCCCUGCAGAUCCGUGACAAGAUGGUGCUUGAAUGCCUCCUGAAUCUGAUGAACAGAGAUCCCUACUGGAAAAUCAAGGCUUUUGCUAUUCGAGCUUUGGGACAGAUUGGGCAAGUGAGUCCCCAGCUGACAGAUCUUCUGCUCUGGGCCAUCCACUAUGAAGAAGCACCAGGUGUGCGGCUGGAAGCUUGCCGUAGCAUCCUAGCCCUCAAGCUUCAAGGAAACCAGGUCAGGGACACCUUUCUAGAUGUGCUGCUCCUGGAGGACCACGAGGCUGUUCUUAAGGAAAUUUACCAGACAAUGACAGCACUCAACUUAGAAAAGGAAGGGAAUCAAGAAAUGCUUCAGGAGAUCAAGAAGAAGAUUGGAACACUAAAUCAAAAGGACCUGCUGACGGAGAAAAUAUUCAAGAUGGAAGUGGCCAUAAGAAACGUGAAGAAAAAAGCAAGACAUGUCUACUCACCACCCAGAGAGGGCCAAAGCCCACUGGAACUUGAAACUUUUCUUGAAGAAACUUUUGAGAAUGAAGAGAUUCCUCCCAGAAGAAAGUCUGAGCUCUGUGACACUGAAACCGCCAUAAAGAGUGUGAUGCCCAAAGUGCCAAAUCCCUGGCUACAGAGUCCUAUUGUACAACUCCCCACACAAAGAAGUCACUCACCGUUUUUCAGGGAUCUACGGACUGCCCGGGAAAAAAGGAUUGAAAAAGGGCCCUUCGGAUCCGACAUUGAUCUCUAGCUGGGCAAAUUACUCAGAGGAGGUUGUCCUCCAGCACCAAUCUUCUCUCUGUGCGGGGAACACUGCUCCUGUCUAGGCUGAAUGCAUCUCUUACUCUUAGGUACGAGCAGCAGUGGACAGGCUACACUCUGGGUCUUCCAUUGAUACUGUACAAUAUCCUCACUUUACAAAGAUAAACUAUUUAUCAAACAGC